CUCGUCGUCCAACCUAAACUCGAGUAUUGUCGACGGAAUCAAUCCAAGCACGGUAGACAAGAAGAAGAUAUUUUGCCCCAAGCCCAAAGGUCCCGGUAGCAUCAUGAUGCGGGAAGACGAGGACGAAGCGCUGGUAUCCGCCAAGGGCAGCGCUUACAAACUGGAUUGGGUUGAACGCACCGUGCAAUUGGCACAGACCUGCAACCAAAUAUUGUCGGCCAACGCUUGUCGUCUCUGUUACGUAUACGUUGAUAAGCAGGUCGAGUACGAAACUCGACAACAACAACCGUACGAGGGGAACGGACGCGCCGCCAACUCGAAUCGCUCGCCUCAUCCACUCCCUGGGGCGCUUGAGCGUGUGUGGACUCAAACAGCAACCUCCCCACACUUUUCCAUGGAAGUUGACUUUUAUCGUCAGUUAUUGUUCGACGAAGAUUCCGUCGUGGAUGCAGUCAGUGAGAGAGACCCGGAUUCGAAAGACGAGGAAGAUGAUGAAACAGAGGAAAUAGACGAAACCCUGCGCGCCAUAGCUACCCAAUGUAGUCGAUGAACCGUGAAGCGAGCUGAACGGGAAGCACUUUCGGUUUUGGUUUCGUCAUCCUCAGAUCUCCACGUCGACUCGCUCUCAAUUGCCGGACUGCGCAGCUUACCUAGGUAUUUGACAAUACAAUUGAUGAAAGAAGACAAGGCAUGGUGCAACCUGUUUACAGAAUAUGGGAGAAAAUAGAAACGCUUUUGUGAGGGGUCGUAGUCAUUGCGAAAUUGACACCAACUAUGUCCUCCGACUGUGGAAACCAAAUUUCAGGAUUCGCGCUAACAGUAAGACCUCGCUUACAGUUAACUAUAAACCGGAACGUGUAUUCUUUUUU